AUAAAAAUUAAAAAGAGAUAAUAAGAUUGAGAGAUUGAGGAGAGCUUUCUCUCUCUACUUCUGCAAUGGCGAAGAAGAAAGGAAGGCCUAAAGGAUAUCAGAUCCGAACCCGCAGUCACGCUCGCCAAGCAAACAAAGGGAUGAAGAACACUCGAUUGAAGGAAAUGUUGGAAACGGUGCAUCAUCUGGAAGUAAUUCACCUGAGGAAAAUCCAUCUGGAAGUAAUUCAUCUGAGGACGACCAGUACAGAGAAAUUGGAAGCAGAGAAUCAAGAGGAGAAUAAGAUUACUGAAGCCAAAACGUAUGCGGAGGUGGUAGGUGAUCAGGAUGCGAUGCAGAUGGGUCUAACGUUUGUUCAAGCAACAGAGAUCAGUGGAACUAGGGUUGCAAAAUUCUCAAAAGAGGACAUUCUCGAACCAUCCAGGUAUUGGGAUGCAGCUAUGAUUCUCUGUAUACUUGGAGCUAAUCCCCCCUUGGAAGUAGUCAAGGGCUUUGUAUCUAGAAUAUGGAAUAUGUAUCAUAUUGAUGAGGUAUCGGUGCUUAAGGAAGGACAAUUCAUAGUUAUGUUUCAAAAGGAAGAGGAUAGAGAUGAAGUUAUAAAAAGGAAAUACUAUUAUUUUGAUAACAAGCCAACCCUGGUUCAAAAAUGGAGGCAUGUUGAUGUCACUGAGCUUAGGGACAUACCUAUUUGGGUGAAAUUUCCUGAUCUGGACAUGCGCUACUGGAGUCUUACAGGGUUAAGCAAAUUGGGGAGUUUGAUUGGGAAGCCAGUAAGGAGAGAUAAGGCUACUGUUGAACGUUCAAAACAUGCUUAUGCCAGGAUACUGGUUGAAGUGGGAGUGUAUCAGGAAUUUCCACAACAGAUCACAUAUGUUACUGAAGAGGAGAGAGUGUUGACACAGGAUGUAGUGUAUGAAUGGUGUCCUUGUAUGUGCUACCACUGCAAGAAAAUAGGACAUCUUCAGGAGAAUUGUAGAUGGAAGGAAAACAAAAAGAAGGAAGCUGGCCCAAUGAAACAAUACUGGAGAGUUAAAAAGGAUGGGAAAGAACAUCAACAAGAGGAUAUUCCAAAGAAAGAUGACUGUGAACAAAGCAAUGGAGAGCUGGAGGAAAAGGAGAAGAAUAUCCAAAAUGACAAUUUACAGAAAGAUAUUCCCCCAGGAAAUAUGGAUGAGGGCUUUACAGAAGUAUGUGGAAAAAAGGCUGCUAGAAAAUUGGUGUUAGAUGAUAGCAAAGACUAUGAUGAAAAAGGAUUGUAUAAGGAGACUUUAAUAGCAUCCUCAGCUGUGAGGAUAGAAGAGGUGGCAACCCAGUCACCUUGGAGGAAAUUAAGGACAUUAAGGAAUGUAUACAGGACAAUGGUUUGGAAGAAUUACCUAGUGAAAGAGCAAGUGAGUAAAGCAAAUGAAAAAUCAGUGGACUGUAUAUUCAAAGCUCUGAAAUAUUUCUCUCUAACAACUGGUUUGCACAUCAACCAAGCCAAGUCACAGAUAGUAACUGGAGGAGUAAGGAAGGAAAUUGAAACGAGGAUAUUGGAGCUCACUAAUAUCCCUAAGGGUGACUUUCCUUUCAGAUACCUAGGUGGGCCCAUAACAGUAGCCAGAAUUGGACAGAGAGAGUGUGAUGUGUUGGUGGAAAAGAUCAUUUGCAAGACUGGAAUCUUUAUCAUUCCCAAUAAGAAGGUUUCUCAAUGGGCUGGAACUGACCUUACUGCUGGCAAUAUUAAUGAGAUGGAAGACAAAAUUGUGAGGGGAAGCAACAGGAAGGAGAGGAAGAGAAGAGCAGCCUUGGUGGCAGCGUGCUUCUAUAUAAUUUGGAAGGCCAGAAACAACAUAGUCCAUGGAAAGAAGAGAUGGAAUGCAGUAGAUAGUGUUGAAUAUGUUAAAUAUCAUGUUACUACUUAUGUAAAGCCUAAGUAUAAAUUCUAAGAUUAGGGGGCUGGCAGUGUUUAGAGGGUUGAGAUCAGUAUGUGUAAUAUUUGGUGGUUGAUUAAUAUAUGUGCUGUUUGUUCAAAAAAAAGAUUGAGAGAUUGAGAUAAUAAAAAUUCAUAGGCUCCCUACCUCUAAUCGUCUGUAUAGUCUUGAACACAUGCUCAACUUUCAAACGAGUCACGCUCAUUAUCCCUCCAAAAUACCGCAAGCUUAUGUCAUCUGGCUCAUCGAAGUCAAUACCUCCAUAGUAAGUUUCCUUCCCGAAUUUCAACCCCGUAAUCAACGCAAAGUCUGUUU